ACAAAGCCCGAUUUACAACGACCAAGAUCAUUUUGCUUAAUUCACUUCUACAAGAGAUAGGAUGAAUUCAGCAAUCCUAGCUGAGUUGCUGAAGACAGAAACACUUCAGGAUUCAGAGAGAACGCUUAAACUUUUAGACCAGGUAGAUGAGCUUGUAUCUAGAAAUUGUAUGGGACUAGAGGAAUGUGUUCCUUUAGUCAAACUAACUGCUACUAACAAUUGUCAGAUAAAGGGAGUUGUGUGGGAUUUGAUGGUCCGAGUAUCAGCCGAGGUUCCGGAUAUACAACUCAUGUUUAUCUCUUCAUUAAACAAGGAUACAGUUGAUCCUAAUCCCGGAGUUCGAAGUAUAGCAAUCUCUACUCUCUGUUCAAUACCAGGGUUGGAAUUGUACACAGUCAACCCCAUUAUUGCAGGACUAGAGGAUUCUGCUCCAACUGUACGGAUAUCAGCAGUUACUGGUAUUGGAAAACUUUACAAUCAUGCUAAACAUACUGUACAGGAAAACGGAUUGAUAGAUAAACUGUAUUCUAUGAUACGAGAUCAGGAUCCAACUGUUGUCACUUUCUCACUUCAAACCCUUAACUAUAUUUUAGCACAGGAGGGAGGGUUGGUGAUGCCUAGAAGUAUGGUGACCUACCUUCUCUCCCGUAUACCCGGAUACCCGGAGAGAGAGUUCUGCUGUGUUCUAGAGUACCUUGAUAAAUCAUCCAGUGAAUUGGAGAACGUUAUUGAAAUACUGAACUCCCUAGAUGGAUACUUGGACAACAAGAACGGAAGCGUGGUCCUUGCUGUGUCCAGGCUCUUCGUCAAGAUCGUCCUUGAUCACCCAAACCUUCAGUCCAGCCUCGUCCAACGACUUUGCCCGAUUCUCGAGAAAUUGAUAAAAUCAGCUAAACGAGAAUUCCAGUCAGACCUGCUCGACUUUGCGCUUUCUCUUGACAAACAAUAUUUUGCGCAUUUUUCCAAACAAGACAAAUUUAUUUUACUGAAACCAAAGGAAAGCGAGGACUUAAAGGAGAAGAAAAUAAGGUUCAUUUGUCGAACAGCGAGGAAAGAGAAUUGUAUAGAGAUCAUGAACUACUUGUUAAACCUAGUCCCGAUGCCGGAGUCCCUAAAUAAAACCGUGCUCAGCUCAGUGUGCACCAUUGCAGCCCUGGAUGAAAGCGCACACGAGAAUUGUAUUAGAAAUAUGCGCUUGCUCGUGAAGACUGAUAGAAAGAUGUAUUUAAACUAUAUUCUAGAAAGUGAUCUAAGAUUAGAAAAUCUGCAAGAAAAUCAUUACGAAACGGUUGAGGCCUUAGUGCAGACUUUGCUAGACCAAUUUCAACCUGACACAGACUGCAGUACAGUACUAUCAUCUGUUCUGUACAUACUAGAGAACUUUGGAAAGAUGUACAAGAUGUCCCCCUAUGUACUCCAAGAAAUAUUUGAAUCAGACAGAUCUUCAUGGACCGAAGAUAUGUACUCUGAUGCAUUGGCCGCCGGUUUUUCACUUUUCAGCCAUUUCCCAGCGGCCAUGCAGCCCAUUUUAUCAAACAUACUGCAUACAACUUAUAAAGUUAAAAAUCAUAACUUGCAUUGCAAGGUGAUAACCUAUUAUAGAUUAUUGAAACUAAUGGUGUAGCUAGAAUUUAAAUGCCAUAAACUGACUGUGAUAGAUAAUUUGUACAAAUAUUAGCCUAAAAUGUUUUUAUAUUUUUUCAAU